AUGCCUGAUGUUGCUCACUGGAAAACUGUUUUGCCCAAACUAACAAACGUUUGGCGAAAUUGUACUUUACUUGAAGUACUAGCAAAGUGGUAUACUAGAAAGCACAUUCAGAAUGAUGGUAAAACUGAGGGUAAACCUGAUGGUAAGAGUGAUGGCAGAACUGACAACAAGUCACCAAACAAUGAUGGUACUUGCUACUGCAGAAAGAGUGCAAAUGAAACAAGUGUUCUUUGCUGUAACCCAGAAUGUGCAAUCAAGUCAUUCCAUUUACUACGCCUAAGGAUUAACAGCAUCCCCAAAACUUGGUAUUGUUCCUACUGCAGGACCCAACCUCAGUUUAAGAGAUCUAACAAGAAUGCACAACAGCUUCCUAAAGUAGUUUCAAGUUCUGAAGCCAUGGACCUUGAUAUUAUCUGUACAUGCAAAUCAAAGCCAUGUGCAAGUGACACACUUCUAAAAUGGCUCAACAAGUCUUGUAACAACGGCAAAUUUUUUCAUCUUACCUGCCUAAAAUACAAGAGGAUGCCAAAUAACAGUCAGACCAUAUGGAUUUGCCCUGGAUGUCGCAAAAGCAGCAAUAUUACAAAAUCCUCUAAAAAUAAAGAUGAUAUUACUUUUGUUAAGGUUGGGUCACAACCCACCUGAGAAAUACAAGAUUAUUGAACACCUAAGUCAAAAACAGUUUGACAUCAUUAUGUCUCCCACAGCUUGGUUAGAUUGUACCAUUGUACAUGAUGCUCAUGAAACAAUAAAAGGGUUUCAAAGACCAAAGGCCCUUGUAAACAGUUUGACAUCAUUGUGGGUGACUUCGUCCAGAUUUUGCAUGUCAAUAACAAUCACUGGGUGUGCAUUAGUUCAAUUAAUUGUCAACCGGGGUAUGUCAAUUUACUAGACAGUCUAGCAAGUAGUGUGGUAUCACAAGAAGUAGAAGAUUUGGUCAGAAGUAUACUUGGACCAAGCAAUCAGGGAGUCAACAUUCAACAUGUUCAACAACAGCAAAAUGUCUGCGACUGUGGAGUUCUUGCGAUAGCAUUUGCUACAUGCCUUGCAUAUGCAAAAUUACCCCAGUGUCUAAGCUUUAACAUUCCAAUGAUGCGUCCUCAUUUACUAAACUGUUUGAAGAAUAGAAGCAUGGAGCUUUUUCCAGCAGUUUAG